AUGGUUCACCCGGAAGUGGGGCAGCCGUGACCCGGAAGUGGGGCGCGGUGGGCGGCGGCGGCGGCGAUGAAGCGGAUGGAGCCGGACCCGGAGCGGCAGCGGUUCCCGCACAGCGUGGUGUGGACGCCCAUUCCCGUGCUGUCUUGGAUCUUCCCCUUUAUUGGGCACAUGGGAAUCUGCACUCUCUCUGGCAUCAUCCGUGACUUUGCAGGACCCUACUAUGUCUCUGAGGACAACAUGGCGUUUGGCAGCCCGACCAAGUACUGGCAGCUGGACCCCGCCAAGGUUUACGCCAUGGGAUCCAACCCCUGGGACACGGGUGUGCUCGAGGCGUCUGAGGAGUACAAGCAUCGGAUGCACAACCUGUGCUGCGAUAACUGUCACUCCCACGUGGCCAUGGCCCUGAAUCUGAUGCGAUACGAGAACAAGACCUCCUGGAACAUGGUGAAGCUCUGCUUCCUGAUGCUGGUGCACGGUCGCUAUGUCAGCUUUGCAGGAUUUCUCCGCACUUGGCUCCCCUCCCUGCUGAUCCUCACUGUCACUCUCAUCAUCGUACUCGCCUUCAGUCUGAGGUGAUCCAGCAUGGCCGGCAACACUGGAGGUCCCCCGGGACGGCGGCAGCCUGACUCUCUUCAUUCCAGUGACUCCCAGCUCUUCGCUCGUCUCUCCCCACUGAUACACGACUCCGUCCCAGGGUCAAGGGGGCGCAGAGAGAUCUCCGCACUGCCCCUUUCCCAAAGAGCACCCCACUCUGGCUGUGACGUCGGACUUCCGGGGUGGUGUGGUCUUCACCUGUCCCUUCUUCAGUGGUGUGACGGUUGCUGCACAAUCCUUCAUCUUACUCCGAGAAUUAAGACUCUGAUGCAAGAAUUAAACAUUCAACGUGACCCUUUUCCGACCUCUGGAUCCUUCUGAACCAAGCCUGUUGUUGUAACGAUAUAUGUUGUCACCCCCCCCCCCCCCACAUACCUCCACCCCCGAUUUCAGGUCCAGGAAUCUGCUCCAGGACUGGGUAUCUAUCUCCCCACGGCCCAGCCCCCAUUCCCCACCCUGUUUGAACUCUCUGGGGGCCCUCUGAAAUCCCCGGUAACACUGUUUUCUGCGGCCUCAAAGUCUCCCCAGGACCGUGUUCGCUGCUGCUUACAGACUUACCACUUCCCCAUUCCCUUUGGACUCCCCAGGACUCCAUUCACCAUUCCCUGUAUCCUGGACCCCGUUCCCCGCCUCUUUCAAACUCCGAGACCCCCCCGCCCCCCCACCUUAACCACUCCCCUUCAAAUCCGUCGGAACCCCUUCCUUACACACAGGAGAUUGUAUUAAUUUUACUGGGUAAUAACUAAAUAAAAUAUUUUUUAAAUGUG